UGAUGGCCGGCCUAAAAGCUCUCUAUGACAAUUGAUGUCAAUUGUUCUGUCAUGAUUUUAGGGUUUUUGACCUUCAAAUUUAAAUUUGGUUAUCGGAUUUGGAUCAACUCUAGAAGGCUAUUAUGCACUAUGCUGACGUUUCAAGUCUGAACCAUACAAAAUCAACUUUCUAUCCCUGUGCUACACCUUACUCUCUAGUCAGCAUGUCUUUCUCCUCAUCUUUCCGUCUGUUCUUCCCCAAAUUCCCCACUUCUUCCCCAAUUUUCAAAUCCCUAAUUCCUCCUACUUUCCUACUUUCACCACCGAAGAAUCUUGUACCUAUCAAAACGAUAACAAUCCAAUCGAUACCCACAAGAUUAUCUCCCCCGAAUUCGACGUCACCGUCUUCAUCGGACCAAAACACCCUCCAACCCAUAGAAGAACUCCCCAAAAAGCUGCAAGAAAUCGUCAAUCUCUUCCAAUCCGUACAGGAUCCAAGAGCCAAAUACGAGCAGUUAUUAUUCUAUGGCAAAAAGCUUCAGCCCCUUGAAGACCAAUUCAAGACUAACGAAAACAAGGUCAUAGGUUGCGUUUCUCAGGUCUGGUUACGAGCCUAUUUCGAUUCCAGCAAUAAAAAUGUGAUUUUUGAAGCUGAUUCCGAUUCCGUACUCACUAAGGGUUUAGCAGCUUUACUGGUUCAAGGUCUGUCUGGUCACCCAGUUCAAGAAAUUUUAAGGGUUUCCCCCGAUUUCGUUGUUCAUUUGGGUUUGCAACAGAGUUUGACACCUUCUAGAAACAAUGGGUUUUUGAAUAUGUUGAAGUUAAUGCAAAAAAAGGCCUUGACUUUAUAUGUAGAAGCUGAGAAAGGGAUUGAAUCAUCAACCCAAAUUCAAACCCCCAUCAAAGAACUGGAAUCUGAUUCAAAAAUUGAGAAGCCUGUUGAGAAUUCGAAUAUUGAUGAAUCAAAAUCCGAUGGUGAUUCAAAAAGUGAGAACCCUAACGGUGUUUUGGGAAGUAGAGGACAGAGGAUAUCAGAGAUUUUAAAGAGGGAGCUUAAACCGAUCGAAUUGGAGGUCAAAGAUGUAUCAUAUCAGCAUGCUGGACAUGCAGGGGUGAGGGGUAGUAAUGGGGAGACACAUUUUAAUUUGAAAGUGGUUUCAAAGGAGUUCGAAGGGAAGAGUAUGGUUAAAAGGCAUCGACUUAUAUAUUCUUUAUUGGAAGAAGAGUUACAGAGUGGAUUACAUGCUUUAUCUAUCGAAGCCAAGACACCUAAUUAAGAUGGUGAAGUGCAUUCUUGAAAUGAGGUUAUACUUUUUGUUUUCCCUUUGAAUUGAUGUUCUUGCUAUGAAACUCACACACCUUUUUGCACAAGAUGUUUGAAAUACAUAAUAACAAUCUUCAUUGCUGUAAGUGGGAUAAGACUUGCAUUA